CCGCUGUCGCUGCUGGGCUCUGUCCUGCGCAGCCAGACGUCUUCGCCCUCGCCGCCCGCCACGCUCGACAUCAAGCCGCCCACUUCCGCCCCGCCCGCCCCAGAGGCCUCCGCCGCCCCCAGGCCCGACUCGUCCGGCAGCGACGGCACGCCCGAGAAACUCCACAGGCCCUCGCGCCGCUCCAAGACGUCCUUCAACAUUGCCCGCCCCGUCAACACGCGCUCCAAGCUGCAUAGCCGUCCCAAGGUCCACCUCCAGCUGCACCAGCUCAUUGCCUCGAAGCGCCCCAAGCCUGCCUACGACGUCGUCCCCUUCUCCAGCAUCCCCCAGCGCUCCGCCCGCCGCCUGGCGACAUCCUUCAACACCAGAGACAAGCUGGGCAGCCAUGAUCUUCUCGUGGUCAAGGCAGGGCCCUACUCCUCCGAGGACGAGCAGGAGCGCUCAGACGAGCACCAAUGGAACCCCAGCGACGUCAUCGGCGUCCUCAGCACUCGCAAGUGCGACAAGAGCGUCACCGAGACCACCGACAUAUGCCUGAACGACGGCCUGAGCCGCUGGUCGGUCGCCGACAUGCCAAACGGCGGCUACGAGUUCACCAACGCCGACGAGCACGGCCUGACCCUCAAGGUCCGCUGGGUUCUGAAGCCAGGCCAUACCCGUCGCUCCAGCAUGUCCGCGGCUCCCUCCACUGCGACCGACGACAAGAAGUUUACCUUUAGCACAAUCGCUCCCGACUCCAGGCGCCAUCCCAUCAUUGCAACCAUGACGCGCAGCCGCAUAGACGUCAUGGACACCUACACGAUCCCCUCCGCCUCCUCGUCGGCAACCCCGAGCGUCCCCUCGUAUACCCAUUCGCCCUCAACAACCCCCAGCAUUAAUUCUGAAUCCUUCGCCGACGACCUCACCGAUAAACUUCCCCUUGUGACAACCGAGUCGAUCCGUAACCUAAUACUCGUCACUGGCGUGUGGGUGGCUUCGAAAGAAUUCGCAUCAGACAGCACCAACCACGCCACGAUUCCUGCGCGCACGCCAAGCGGCAAUUUCCGCCCAUCUACCCACCGCAACUCUUCCAUGUCAACCCUCGACAGCCCUCCCUCGCCAUCACCAGCUUCAACCCUGAACGAGAAGCAUCGCUCGAUUCCCCGACUGCUCAAAUCCAGUCCACGUCCACGGCGCGCAAACUCGACGGGCGGGGCCAUUCACAGCAUUUCUGGCAGUCUGAGGAAAAAGUACAGGCUUUCUUUUGAAGACGACACCCUAAUAGAAACUGCAGAAGAACGCCAGUUGAAACGCAGUAUUGAAUUGCUUCGCGUCAGGGAGCUCGCACUCCCAGUUCCCAUUGAACGUCUCUCUGCAGAGACCACUCGGGCCUCUACCACGACUGCACCAUUUCCUACUGUUACUUCACCAUCUUCUGAAGAUUCCCACUCACCUGCACCCUUACUCGCCUCGCCUCUACUUUCACCCCCUGCUACGAACUCCGAACGAUCACGAAAAACGCAAUCUGGCUACGCACCCGUUACGACAACUGGCAUGUGGGAUUCAGGCGUCACCCAAGGCCCCGGCCUUAAGACGCGCCCCACGAGCAUGUUUGUCAUGAACGAGAAGAAGCGCAAGCAGCAAAAAAAAGACGGACGAAGUAAGAGCAAGGACCGAAAGACCAAGCAAAGCGAAGGCGGCGAGCAGAGUUUGGGCAUCAAGAGAAAAAGUGAUUGGUAUAUGUAUAAGAUCAAGCUUCGCCUCAAAGACAUGUUCAAGAAGGAAAAGGCUUGA